AUGUCCUCACCAGUUCCCUCUGCACUUCCAGGAUUUCAGCCUACCCGCAAAAUGGAAUCCUUCGCGUCCCCCUGGCCUACCCCACCAAUGAGGCGCUGCUUGCGGGCCCAGCGUAGGCUCGAGGGAUGCCAUGGCCAUGUGCCCCAGUCAUCACAAAACUCUCGCCGGUCGGGCGACCUGCGCUUCGUCCUCUAUGCCCCGGACUCCCCGUCGCGCCUGUCCUUCACGAGUAGCCGGACAGCUGACGACGAUCAACGCCGCCAUGGUGAUGGUGAUGCAGAGGGAGACGCAGACUGCCACCGACCCCGAUCCCGACAAGGACAAGGACACCGACACCGACAUCGCCUGACCAUGGAGUCCAGGCCCAAGUCCAUCAUCGGGUCUGCGUGCUUGGCGCUCGAGUCUACGGUUGGCAAGACCGUCGCCGAUGUGACAAACUUCAUCCGCCACUGCCGCCCCGCGAGGGCGGACCUCACCCCUAUCACGAGAGAGCUGUCCGAGCUGCAGAUGGUCUUGGAGCUGCUCAACGACUUUGGGCAGUAUGGCCAGUACGGAGAGAACCGCCAACAGGACGUCAUCCCAGCCGAGCUGCAGGCUCACCUCCGGCCCAUCCUCAGUAAUUGUAUCACAGUAGUGCUCCGCAUCGACGGGGUGCUUCGACGCCAUAGCCAGAGCGAGGCGGAUGGAUCAGUCAAGUGGACUGCACAGGGCAAGACGGAGAUGGGCGAGCUGCGGCCCUCGCUGGAGGUACACCGAGGCGCAUUGGGCCAUAUCUCUGAUCUCAUCUCCAUAUCAAUCUCAAGGGCGUCCAGGAAUAGCGACUCCACUAACACCCAAGAUACCGAGCUGCAAGUCCAAGAUGUGAUCGAAGACCUCCAGGAGGUGAGGUCAUCCAUUCUCGUCAGCGACAGCAACGCCACUCUAGCGCGCCAGCAUUUUGCGCUGCAGGUUCACCUCGGUCAGAUUAUCGCCUAUGCAGAGACGCUUGACAAACCAGACGCAUGGGACGAAGCGGUGAAAACCAUUGAUGCCACGCAGGAAGAUGGGCAGACUGGGCCCUCAGAACCAGUAUCCGAGCCGGUCUCUCCAAUCACGUCAAUAAGAGAAAGUCCACCACAGGAUCGCGCCCUCAACGGUGUCGAGGGUGCACGCGGAAGACCCAAAUCAUAUUCACCAGCAGUGUCCAGCACAACCAUCGGCGCAGCGAGGUCAACCAAUCACACAACCACUCUAAGCAUCCCGAACAAGAAGACAGACAUAGUGUCGCCACUGACAACAGGAGGACUGUCUAUCAAUACCUUUGGGGGCUCACGUCGAGAACCCGGAUCGAUCUCGCCAAUAACAUACGGAAGGCCGGCGGGAGAAGAGGAACCAACAAGCGCUUCGGACCUUGUGGGGAUGCAGUCAGAACCGAUCUCGCCAAUGAGUUUUGGAAAGUCUGGGUCGGCAGAGGAAGCAGAAGAGGCACUCGCCCCCGUAGAGACACCACCAACCGAUCCAGGAGUGUUCGACGCAAAAGGCGAGGUCCUUCCCGCUGCAUUAAUUGUGUCAGGGGAGGAUGCGCAGAGUAUAGGAGUCGCAGCAAGCAGGGUGAGCACGGCAGCCUCCAGCUACAGGGAGGAAGAGAUCACAGAGGAGGCGUUGGCAUUUGCCCAGGUCCCCGUUCAUAUCAUGGGGCGGCUAUCAUUAAAUCUGGUCGGGCACGUCUACACCAGCAACUCAGGCCGGAGCGGCUCUGACGGGACGAGCUUUAAUAGGUCGAUUUCGACAUUUGAGACCGAUGGCGAGAUCGAGGAGGCCGAGGCGGAGGGAUACGCAGCGUCAACGGGGACCAGCGAUACGGGCAGCCUUCGUGACGGAAACCUGCAAUUCUCCCAGAUCGACGUGACACAGGUGACACCGCAGGCUGCACACGAGCCCCACCCGGGCGAGCAGCUAUUACCACAGCAGGCGGCCGGGCACCAAGUACUGCAGGCAGCGCAGCCACCGCCGUCGCGCGAGAUACGCGAACAGGCCUCCAUGUCGACGAUGAAUACCAUGAACACACAGACCUUCCUUCAAGGGAAGCCUUUGCCGAGGACGCCGCUCGUGUACGUGCCGCAUUACCCAGGGCCGUUCAUCAAGAAGAAGGUCGUGGUGGUUGGCAACUUCAGCUGUGGCAAGACGUGCCUGAUAACGCGCAUGGCCAAGGGCCACUAUCCCAAGGGCAACAACGACCACAGCGGCGUCACAGAGACGGUCAAGGUCUCGGUCGACGAGGAGCCUGUCGAGCUGUCACUGUGGGAUAUUCGGGGCAUCGAUUACGACCCGUCGUGGCUGAACAAUGCGCAGGUUGCUCUGAUCUGCUUCAGCGUGAACAUCGGGUCGACCGAUGCAAAGGGAAAGCAUCUCGGCAGGUGGGUGACAGAAGUCAACCGGAACUGCCCCGGCGCCGCCAUCAUCCUCAUCGGGCUCAAGAGCGACAUCCGCUGGCACGCCAAGACGAUCGAGAAGCUGCGCAAGCACGGCAAGACGCUGGUGACUCCCGAGCAGGGCGAGCAGCUGCGCGACAGCAUCGGCGCCAUCAGCUACCUUGAAUGCUCCGCCCGAACGGGCGAGGGCGUGCUGGAGGUGCUGGAGGAGGCGACGAGGGUCUCGCUGCUCGUCAACAACGAGGGUCUCAAGAAGGGCCACCGCAGGCCUCUAUCCAGGAUUGGCAAGUUCCUCGGCCUCGGCAGCCGCUCGAAUUAA